AUGGGAAACGCAGUUGGAGUGGAUGCGACGGCAAACUUUCUGCGCGUUGUUUUCCUUCUAACUCCCCCUGCUGCUGCUGCUGCUGCUCCUGCAGCAGCAGCAGCAGCAGCAGCAGCAGCAGCAGCAAACGGCUGCUGCUGCCACGGGGACACAGCAGCAAUUGUGCGGCUGCUGCUCUCCAGGAAGCUGCCAGCAGUCGAGCUGAAGCACAUAAGUGCUGCUAACCAUGAGUCUGUGGUAGAUUUGCUGCAGCAGCAGCAGCAGCAGCAGCAGCAGCAGCAGCAGCAGCAGCAGCGGCAGCAGCAGCAGCGGCAGCAGCAGCAGCAGCAGCGAGACCCGCAGGCUGCAGGUGACGUGUCUUCCGCUGCUGCUGAACCCGACGCCAGUGAGCGCAGCAGCAGCAGCAGCAGCAGCAGCAGCAGCAGCAGCAGCAGCAGUGAGCUAGCUGUUUCUGUUGGAAUUUAUUUUUGGGGGCUCUUUUGGAAAGAUGCAGAGGCAGCAAUAGACCUCCUGCUGCCGCUGCUGCCAGCAAAGCUGCAUGUGGCUCUGACCGGCAACGGGGCCUUCAACCUCAAGUGUUUGCUGCACCAGCAGGUGCAGCGCCACACGCAGCAGCAGCAGCAGCAGCAGCAGCAGCAGCAGCAGCAGCAGCAGCAGCAGCAGCAGCAAUGUCUGCAGCUGGAGUUUUCGUUUCAGCGCGAGAGCCUUUGCCUCAUUGGGGCCCUUCACUUCCUCAGGCAGUCUCUCCCCUCGACCCUCUUCAAGUAUACCGGCAGUGGCCAGCCGCUGGCGGCGUCCGACGCUCCCAAGAGCGCCCUUGUGGAGCGGCCUGUGAGCGCUGAGGACAGCGAGAGCCUCUACCCUUAUCUUCUUUUGAAUUUAAAAGCUGGGGUUUCUUUCCACAAGGUUUUAUCCUUUUCCUUUGCAUGCGAAGCCCAGCAGCAGCAGCAGCAGCAGCAGCAGCAGCAGCAGCAGCAGCAGCAGCAGCAGCAGCAGGGGUGGUGCGGCUGGUGGGACUGCAGCGGCAGCGUCUCUUCUUUGCCCCCAAACCUGCAGCGGAUAUCAGAGCGCAUUGGCAGCAGCACAAUAGGGGGGGGCACUUUCAUGGGACUCUGCAGGCUGCUGCUGUCGUCCCCCUCUUCGCUUCCUGCUGCUUAUGUGUCUCUUGCUGAAAAAGGAGACAACAGAAAAGUGGACAUGCUCGUUAAAGACAUUUACGGAGGCAACUACGCAGCCAUCGGGCUGAAGGGAGACACCAUUGCGUCGACGUUUGGCAAGAUGCAGCAUGCAAAGCUCAGGCAGCACAGAAGCCACUGCUGCAGCAGCAGCAGCAUAGUCUCUCCUGCUGCUGCUGCUGCUGCUGCUGCAGCACCCGCUACUGCUGCAGCAUCCCCUGCUGCUGCAUCACCUGCUGCUGCUGCAUCUCCCGCUGCAGCUGCUGCACCCGCUGCUGCUGCUUCACCCUCGGCAGCUGCUUCUCCCGCUGCUGCUGCAUCACCCGCUGCUGCUGCAUCACCCGCUGCAGCUGCUGCACCCGCUGCUGCUGCUGCACCCGCUGCUGCUGCUGCACCCGCUGCUGCUGCACCCGCUGCAGCAGCUGCACCCGCUGCUGCUGCAACAGUAGCAGAGGCUUUAGAGGGGACUGCAGCAACAGCAGCAGCAGCUGAGGAGACAGUGGAAGACGCGGCAGCUAAGAGCCAGCCAACGUCGAAGCUGCUGGACUGCAGCAGCAGCAGCAGCAGCAGCAGCAGCAGCAGCAGCAGCAGAGGUGUAGACAGCGUUGCAGCCGGGUGUCCAGCAGCAGUAGCGGCAGAAUGCUCUUGCAGCAGCAGGAGCUGCUGCUGCUGCUGCUGCUGCACAAACGACGGAGACUGCUGCUGCUGCAGCAGCAGCAACUGCGAUGAGUUCAGCGACUGCAGCAGCUUGUUAGACCACCCGACGCACAUAGAGUUUAUGUGCAGCGACGAGGAAGCAGCAAGAGACGAGAGCUGCUGCUGCUGCUGCUGCAGCAGCAGCAGCAGCGGCGGCAGCAGCAGCAGCGGCGGCAGCAGCACAAACAGCUCCGGCUCCAAUCCUGGUGAACCCGCUCAAGGCAAAGACAAGGAAGCCAGCAGCAGCAGCAGCAGCAGCAGCAGCAGCAGCAGCAACAGCAGCAGCAGCAUCGUUGCGUUCAAGGGCGAGGAUUUCUACGACCAACCGUCGGAAGCAGACGCAGUGCGGUCGCUGCUGGCGAUGAUGAGCUUCAACUUGGCGCAGCAGUCUUUCCUGCAUGCUGUGCUGCACGGCCUCAACAAGAUCGUGAUGGUGGGGUUUCUGGAGGCCCCUUGCUUCUUGGCUUCGCUGCAGCACUUUGUGAACUUUUGGUCCAGCAACUCUUGCACAAUAAUGUUCUGUCGGCCCCCUUUGUCUGCUGCUGCUGCUGCUGCUGCAGCUGCUGCUGCUGCUGCUGCUGCUGCUGCUCCCCCCGCUUGCGUUCAACUUGCUGUUCCGGUGGAGCCAGCAGCAGCGCCAGCGCCGCCCGCUGCUGGCGACGAAGCAGCAGCUGCUGCUGCGAAGCAGCAGCAGCUGCUGCUCAGCGACGCAGGCCUUGACGUGAGCAGCAGCAGCAGCAGCAGCAGCAGCAGCAGCAGCAGCAGCAGCGGCAGCAGCACAACAGGAGGCAGCACUGGCAUCGCGAGCAAGGGCAGCAGCAGCGAUGUCAAGAGCAGCAGCAACACCAGCAGCAGCAGCAAGUAG